GCUCUCCAAGCCCCCAGCACUCAUUUUCUUGGACAAUGAACUGGGUUGGUGGCUCCCGGAGCAGAAUCAUACUUAAACAAGAAAGGAGGAAGCAAAAGGAAUUCUUUGAAAAGAAAAAGCUCAGAUCAAAGAUGAAGCUGCUAGGAGUAUCAUCACCCCCCAAAAGUUCAGCCGUCAGUUUAGAUCUUCUCAACCUGUAUGUUGUUAACCAGAUAUCCACCAAGAAAGACCCUGCUGACAGAGUGCGAAAACCAGUCCAUGUGGAUAUGAACAGGGAGUUAAAAACUCCUAUCAGGAGACACAAUAUAGAACUUCCCAUGUCACCACAACCUACAUCAUCUAAAACAGGACUAGUUGACAUGCAAAACAGGAUACAACAACAAGUAUUAGAGAAUAGAAGAAAGCAUCUUGCAGAUAAGAUGAAAUACCAACCUCAAUUAUCACAAGUUACAGAAUCAACUUGCACAGACUCUAGUCUUGAACAUCAGCACUAUCUAGCAGCAGACAGCAAUUCCUAUCCAGUGUCCUCUUCAGUAUCCUGGUCUUCUGAUUACAAACACUCUCCAGAACAAAAUUUCAGGACAAAUCUAGCAUGCAGUCCUUGGGAACUGACCUAUGAAGAGAAGCAGAGAAAACAGUUUCUACCAUUUUCUCAGCCAGGAAAUAUCUCUCAAGAUCCUUGGGUUUCAAAUUCCCCUAACAAGCAAAGCGUUUUCAGCAAGUCCAAUACAGAAGUGCCAUUGGGAACAUUGUUCAAGAAAUUAAAUAGUUCAGAAUAUAUAAGUUCUGUUGGUAAUACUCCAGCUUUAAUGACUGGUAAAGAUUCUGGAAGCAGCAACAGAAUAAAAGAGCCAUUAUUUGGUAUUAUUAAAGAAACAGCAGCAGCAAACGACUCUCAUGAUGAAAAUGGUCACUGCACUGUAGCAUUGUCUGAAGAUGAGAGACUGCUGAUUCAUGGUGUUCCUUCCAGGGAGUAUUGUGAUCCUUUUGUUAACCAGUGCUGUAUCAGCCAGUUAUUUACAGAGCCGGAUGAUAUGAAUGAAAUAUCCAACAGAUGUAGUCCUUAUAACAGAGACGAUUAUAACAUGACUAAAGGUACUGAUAGAUGUACCAUAGACAGAUGCCUUAAAGGGAUAUUCACAGGUCCAGAGCAGACUUUCUUUAAAAGUAAAACUAUUUCAAGUGCAAGCCAUAAAGAAAAUAAACAGCCUAAUACAAAACACUUGGAAGAAUACCCUGAAGGACAUUAUUACAUUGUAUCUUCUGAAAGCAAUGAAAAUCCUUCAAAAUAUGAAAGAACAGGAACAUUUAUAAACCACCACAAUCACAAGAUUAAUUUAGAGGAAAAACUGAAGAAUUAUUCAACAAUGAAAAAUGACAUUGACAAUGUUCCUCUGGAACAAUCCAAUAGAGGGUGCUCACAAGUCUUUGGAUUUCAAGAGGUUUUGUCAGCAGAAGAGGAACAGUAUGAUUUUGAAGCAAGUUCAAAGCUUGACAAGAUGGAAAAGACUCAUUUUGUAGACAUUGACUCAUCACUGAGCAGUCAGUCUCCAAGUUACUCUCCAAAGAAAACUGAUAGUUGUUUCUGCACUAGUUCUGACAUAUCUGAAGAGGACGACCUAGCUGAAAAGUGUAUUUCUGACAACUCCUUUCAAAGAAACAGUGCCAAUCCAAUUGCAGCUUCAACAAGAAAAGGACCACAACAUAGCUUUUGCACAGAGAACUAUGCAACAAGCCAACACUCCUCGUCAGAAAGAGCCCAGUUUACAAGCUACAAAGGAGGAAAAUAA